GUUGAUAAGCGUGCAAUACAUAUACGGUCAAGGUGACUGCAUGAGUUCCCUAUUCACGUGUCAUGCUUCGAUGAUUGAUCUUCGCUGCAGCUGAACCGGCGCAGCUACCUCUCCAUGGCUAGCAAUCGCGUCCCGAUUAACUACGAAGUACCUGCCUUUCCGUCAUUGUACGAUCCCUUGCCGGCGCAUCAUGAACAAGCAUACUACCUAUUCUACACGAAGGACAUCUGGCGCUUCACACUUUUCUGGACGCUGAUAUUCUACGGCGCGACACAUCUCACUGUUGCUGGGUGCGCGGUAUUGACUCAUUUCCGUAACUGGAAUGUGAUAUGGAUUGUGCCGUUGGUGUACAUUUUUGUUGCAGCGUUUCAGUCGCUUAUAGCCGGGAGUAUAAUUGGACUUGUCCUCGGCGCGGUGUAUGAAGCAGGCAAUUUCAGGAUGUCAACUUGGCUACCGAUGAUAUGGGGUGGUGUCAAUGUUAUGCUUCUUAUUGUAACCAGCUUCCCCAUGCAAGGUGGCCUUUGA